AUGGGGAUCAGGACGGGGGCGAAGCUUCCCCUGGCGCUCCUCAUCUCGUGCCUCGCCGUCCUGUCGCUGCUCCUGCCAUGCACAGCGCGCCACGUUCGCGAAACGGCCACCAUCGACGGCAGCCGGAGCCAGCACCUCAACCUGCGCGGAUCACUGCUGCGCGGCCCGGAGAGCGUCGCCUUCGACGGCACCGGCGCCGGGCCGUACAGCGGCGUCUCCGACGGCCGCGUGUUGAAGUGGAACGGGCAGGCGCGCGGCUGGUCGACCUACGCGUACAGCCCGGGUUACAGCGCCAAGGCCUGCACCGCGUCCAGGAUUCGGCCGGCGGAACUCACCGAGAGCAAGUGCGGCCGUCCGUUGGGCCUGCGGUUCCACUACGACUCCGGCAACCUUUACAUCGCUGACGCAUACAAGGGGCUGAUGCGUGUUGGCCCGGGCGGCGGCGAGGCAACGGUGCUGGCCACGAAGGCCGACGGCGUGCCGCUCCGCUUCACCAACGGCGUCGACGUCGAUCAAGUCACCGGAGAAGUAUUCUUUACGGACAGCAGCAUGAAGUACCCGCGAUCGCAGCACGAGAGGGUCACUGCCACCGGUGACUCGACGGGCCGCCUCAUGAAGUACGAUCCGAAAACGAACCGUGUCACCGUUUUGCAAUCCGGUAUCACCUAUCCUAAUGGCCUCGCCAUUAGCGCCGAUCGGACACACCUUGUCGUCGCACUUACUGGACCAUGCAAGUUGAUGAGGCAUUGGAUCAAGGGUCCCAAGGCAGGCACCUCAGAGCCGUUAGCCGAUCUACCGGGGUAUCCUGAUAAUGUGAGGGCCGAUGGCAAAGGCGGGUUUUGGGUGGCACUACAUCGCGAGAAGAUGGAAGUGCCGUUUGGACCGGACAGUCACUUGCUUGCUGUGAGGAUCAAUAGCGGCGGACAGGUGAUCCAGGUGAUGAGAGGAUCCAAGAAUGUGAGGCCAACGGAGGUGGUGGAAAGAGAUGGUGGCAAACUUUACAUGGGUUCCGUGGAAUUACCGUAUGUCGUCGUAGUUAGUGUGUAG